GCGGCGCUGAAGCGGCGGGUGACCUGGUUGUUUGUGCCCCCGGCAGCCAGCUCUGGGCCACCAGGGAUGCCGGAUUCACCCACCGAGGCCACAAGAGACCGAGGUGGCAGCGAGCAGCAACAGGCUUUCUGUGGCAAACGCUGAGCCUGCUUUAGGCUCGGUGUGUGGUGGUCUCCCGAGGCUCCAUGGGAGCCACAGGCCUCAGGGCCAAACGCACGCGGGAAAGGCUGUGCAGCGCUCGACACGGUUCUGUUGCAUCUGACACUCGGGCUUCCCAAAUGAGAAAACAUUGAAGGCCUUCCAUUGGGCGAUUGGCCUCCGUGGGACCCCUGCUAGUGGCUCCAAAGAGAUUACAAACAGGACAACAUGAGGAGCCGGAGUAACUCCGGCGUCAGGCUAGAUGGCUAUGCUCGGCUUGUACAUCAGACCAUCCUGUGCCAUCAGAAUCCAGUGACUGGCUUGCUUCCAGCCAGCUUUGAUCAGAAAGAUGCCUGGGUCAGAGAUAAUGUGUACAGUGUCUUGGCUGUGUGGGGAUUGGGCCUGGCCUACCGGAAGAAUGCAGAUCGGGAUGAGGAUAAGGCAAAGGCCUAUGAACUGGAGCAGAGUGUAGUGAAACUAAUGAGGGGACUGCUGCACUGCAUGAUCAGACAGGUGGAUAAAGUAGAGUCUUUCAAGUAUAGUCAGAGCACUAAAGAUAGCCUCCAUGCCAAGUACAACACAAAAACUUGUGCCACUGUAGUGGGUGAUGACCAGUGGGGACAUCUGCAGUUGGAUGCUACGUCUGUGUACCUGCUCUUCUUAGCACAAAUGACUGCUUCAGGACUCCAUAUCAUCCAUAGCCUAGAUGAAGUGAAUUUCAUACAGAAUCUUGUGUUUUACAUUGAAGCUGCAUAUAAAACUGCUGAUUUUGGGAUAUGGGAACGGGGAGACAAGACCAACCAAGGGAUCUCAGAAUUGAAUGCCAGUUCAGUUGGAAUGGCGAAGGCAGCCCUGGAAGCACUAGAUGAACUGGACUUGUUUGGCGUGAAAGGUGGGCCCCAGUCAGUUAUCCAUGUUCUGGCUGAUGAAGUACAGCAUUGCCAGUCUAUCCUUAAUUCGCUACUGCCCCGGGCUUCAACAUCCAAAGAAGUUGAUGCUAGUCUUCUCUCAGUGAUUUCUUUCCCAGCCUUUGCUGUAGAGGACAGCCAGUUGGUGGAGCUCACAAAACAGGAGAUCAUCACUAAGCUUCAGGGUCGUUAUGGUUGCUGUCGUUUCCUACGAGAUGGAUAUAAAACUCCUAAAGAGGAUCCCAAUCGUCUGUAUUAUGAACCAGCUGAGCUAAAGCUAUUUGAAAACAUUGAGUGUGAAUGGCCGUUGUUCUGGACAUACUUUAUCCUUGAUGGGAUCUUCAGUGGCAACACAGAACAGGUUCAAGAGUAUAGAGAGGCUCUUGAUGCAGUCCUCAUCAAAGGCAAAAAUGGAGUUCCACUUCUGCCAGAGCUGUACAGUGUUCCUCCCAACCGGGUUGAUGAAGAAUAUCAGAAUCCUCACACUGUGGACCGAGUCCCCAUGGGGAAGUUGCCUCACAUGUGGGGUCAGUCCCUGUAUAUUUUAGGAAGCUUGAUGGCAGAGGGAUUUUUAGCUCCUGGAGAAAUUGAUCCACUGAACCGUAGGUUUACUACUGUACCAAAGCCAGAUGUUGUGGUUCAAGUCUCCAUUCUAGCUGAAACUGAAGAAAUCAAAGCCAUUUUAAAGGACAAGGGAAUUGAUGUGGAGACCAUUGCCGAAGUGUACCCCAUCAGAGUCCAACCAGCUCGUAUCCUCAGCCACAUUUAUUCCAGUUUAGGGUGCAACAGCAAAAUGAAGCUCAGUGGACGACCCUACAGAUUCAUGGGAGUGCUUGGAACUUCAAAACUAUAUGAUAUUCGGAAGACUAUCUUUACUUUCACUCCACAGUUUAUCGACCAACAACAGUUCUACCUGGCUCUCGACAAUAAGAUGAUAGUGGAAAUGCUCAGAACAGACCUGUCUUACCUCUGUAGCCGCUGGAGGAUGACAGGCCAGCCCACAAUCACCUUCCCCAUCUCACACACCAUGCUUGAUGAAGAUGGAACUAGCUUGAAUUCAAGUAUCCUGGCAGCACUCCGAAAAAUGCAGGAUGGCUACUUUGGUGGGGCAAGGAUUCAAACAGGCAAAUUAUCAGAGUUCUUGACAACAUCUUGCUGUACACACUUGAGCUUCAUGGACCCUGGACCAGAGGGUAAGCUCUAUAGUGAAGAAGAUGAUGAAGACUAUGAUGAGCUAGAAUCUGCUAACUGGAUGGAUGGCUCUGAUUCAACUAGUAAUGCUGGCUGUGGUGAUGAAGUUGCUCGUUAUUUAAAUCACCUUUUGGCACACACUGCUCCCCAUCCUAAACUAGAUUCUACCUCACGGAAGGGAAGGCUAGAUCGGUUCCGAGCUGCUGUGCAAACAACCUGCAACUUAAUGUCCUUGGUGACCAAGGCCAAGGAGCUGCACGUACAGAAUGUACACAUGUAUCUUCCUACGAAGUUGUUUCAGCCUUCUCGGCCAUCAUUCAACUUACUUGAUUCACCUCAGGUCCCACAGGAUGACCAGGUUCCCUCUGUUCGUGUAGAAAUACAUCUUCCUAGAGACCAGUCUGGUGAGGUGGACUUUCAAGCACUGGUUUCUCAGUUGAAGGUGACUUCAAGCUUACAGGAACAAGCCGAUAUCCUCUACAUGCUGUAUACUAUGAAAGGACCUGACUGGGACACUGAAAUAUAUGAGGAAGGGGGUGCCACAGUCAGAGGACUUCUCACUGAAUUAUAUGGCAAGGUUGGGGAGAUUCGUCAUUGGGGCUUGAUCCGGUACAUUUCUGGGAUCUUAAGGAAGAAGGUGGAAGCCCUUGAUGAGGCCUGCACAGACCUUCUCUCCUACCAGAAACAUUUGACAGUGGGACUCCCUCCAGAGCCUCGGGAGAAGACCAUCUCUGCACCUCUGCCCUAUGAAGCUCUCACUCAGCUGAUAGAUGAAGCCAGUGAAGGGGACAUGAGCAUUUCAAUCCUCACACAGGAAAUAAUGGUGUAUCUAGCCAUGUAUAUGCGAACACAGCCUGGCCUGUUUGCUGAAAUGUUUCGACUUCGAAUUGGUCUGAUCAUACAAGUUAUGGCAACAGAACUGGCCCAGUCCCUUCGAUGCUCAGCUGAAGAAGCCACAGAAGGCCUGAUGAAUCUCAGUCCUUCGGCCAUGAAGAACCUCCUGCAUCAUAUUCUUAGUGGCAAGGAGUUUGGAGUAGAACGAAGUGUUCGUCCCACUGAUUCAAAUAUCAGUCCUGCUAUUUCUAUCCAUGAGGUGGGUGCUGUUGGAGCAACAAAAACAGAACGAGCUGGCAUCACACAGUUAAAAACUGAGAUAAAACAGGUGGAAUUUCGUAGACUGUCUAUUUCAACCGAGAGUCAGUCCAAUGGUGGUCAUCCUUUGGGUGUGGAUUUGAUGUCACCAUCUUUUCUGUCUCCUGGAGCCUGUAUGGCUCCAGGUAGUGGGUCCUUUCCUAGUACAUAUGACCAGCAGCCAUCCAGAGAUAGUCGACAGGGCCAGUGGCAACGCCGGAGGAGGCUGGAUGGAGCACUGAAUAGAGUCCCAAUUGGAUUUUAUCAAAAAGUAUGGAAAGUUUUGCAGAAGUGUCAUGGACUCUCUGUGGAAGGUUUUGUUCUUCCUUCUUCAACCACUAGGGAGAUGACUCCAGGGGAGAUUAAAUUCUCUGUCCAUGUGGAGUCUGUCCUGAACCGUGUACCUCAGCCGGAAUACCGCCAGCUUCUGGUUGAAGCCAUACUUGUUCUUACCAUGCUGGCAGACAUUGAGAUUCAUAGCAUUGGAAACAUCAUUGCUGUGGAAAAAAUAGUGCAUAUUGCCAAUGACUUGUUCCUUCAAGAACAGAAAACCCUCGGCGCAGAUGAUACCAUGUUGGCAAAGGAUCCUGCAUCUGGCAUCUGUACUCUUCUAUAUGACAGUGCUCCGAGUGGCAGGUUUGGCACCAUGACCUACCUCUCCAAGGCAGCUGCCACCUACGUGCAGGAGUUCCUGCCCCACAGUAUCUGUGCAAUGCAGUGAAGGCCUUGGGCCUUUUUGGUUGAUUAUGCAUGGAACUGAAAUGCUAGCACCUGAUCACUCCUUUGUGUCCCUUCUAGCCCCAUUCCUUCCAAUAAGAGAAAACUUUUCUGGCAAACUGACUGCUUUAGAAGAAGAGAACCUUACUUGGAGACUCACCUUCAGUGUGUAUAAGCUCAUCCAGGCCUUCAAAAACUGUUUUUAAUUCAUUCAUAGUUUAUAAAAAUGUGCAUGUGUUUUUAUUCUGCAGAUAAUGUUACCAACUUCUUUUCAUAACUCCUAUUUAGGGAAUAAGUAUUAAUAAUUAACUUAUUCUUCAGGUUUGAUGGUUCUUAUAUAUAGUUUUAUUGUUGUCUACAUGAGUGGUGGGUGUUUUGGUAUAUUACUUCCAGUAAGUGGACUUUUAAGUUGUUGGAUUUUACAUUGCUAUAAUUAGAAACAUCGAUUAAGUGCCUUUUCCUAGGAAAAGAAAAUACCAGAUCAUAAUCUCCUUCUUCACUCCCAAGUUGCCUUAUUCUAAAUGAUAAAAUAGUUUCUCUGUAGAAUUGUC